CUUUAUAAAGAGGAAACUUCACUAGAAAGCCAUCACUGGACACCCACUGGCUCCACUCCUGGUGAUCGCAGAAACUGCUGAAGCUGAGGGAUCCAUUUGCCAUGGACAUCACUUCCACUGAUUAUGAUUAUGGUGAUGUUGUACACCCUACUCUAAGACCACUGGAUAUUCCUUCAGGUGUGAAUGCCUACAAGUGGGUUGCAAUAUUUUUGUACGCCCUUGUGAUCAUUCUUGGUGUUCCUGGGAAUGGUUUGGUGGUAUGGAUAACAGCCUUUGAGAUGAAACGCUCGGUGAACACUAUAUGGUUUUUUAAUCUGGCAGUGGCCGACCUUCUGUGCUGUCUCUCUGUGCCGUUUAGUAUCAUGAAUAUAACUGUGGGAUGGCCCCUUGGCCUUUUCGCCUGCAAGUUUAUCCCUUCCAUUCUUUUGAUCAACAUGUUUGCCAGCGUCCUUCUCUUGACUAUGAUCAGCAUUGAUCGGUGUGCCUUGGUGAUGAGACCGGUAUGGUGCCAGAACCACAGGACUCUGAGAAAGGCUUAUAUAGCAUGUGCGGUGAUGUGGAUCCUGGCCAUCAUCUUGAGUAGCCCAUCCUUCAUCUUUCGGAAUGUCAAUAAUUCCCAUGGAAAAGUGUGUGAACAAGACUAUUCGCUAACUGGACACGAUUCUCAACAAAGGGUGGAAAACUUUAUUGCCAUUUCCCGUCUACUAUUGGGCUUUAUCAUUCCAUUUCUUGUCAUUGUCACCUGUUAUAGCAUACUAAUUAAAAGGGUUAAAGAUCGAUUUACAAAGAACACCAAGACCAUGAAAGUGAUCCUUGUAGUCAUCAUUGGCUUCUUCAUAUGUUGGCUUCCCUACCAUGUGGCAGGACUAAUUCUGGCUUUACAUCCAAGUCACUCAGAGUUAUACCAAUUCACCUUCACUGUUGACACCAUAUUUGUCGCCAUCGCUUUCAUGAACAGUUGUAUUAACCCCAUCAUUUACGUGCUAAUGGGCCAGGAUAUCAAAAGCAAAUUUAAAAGAUCAAUCAGAUUAAUUCUAAAAAAUGUCUUGGCAGAAGAAGUGAGUGAGUCCGUUUUUGACUCCAAGAAAUCAAAGUCAAUAUCAGAAACCAAGAAUACAGAAGCUUCUGUGUAAAUGAAUAGUAUAUUAAAGUGUAUAAUUCAGGUAUCUGUGACAAAAAUGUUGCUGGAUUUGUAUAAAUGUACAGUUUUUCAUAGUGUGGGGCACUAGAGGCAUACUGUUUGUACAGUAUGGAGUGAGGGUAAGCCCACUCCCUCAUAGCAUAAGGUUAUAAAUCUUUGUGUUGUCCAGUGCAGUGUUCCUCAACUCCAGUCCUCAGGGUCCACCUGUCAGUUAUGUUUUGAGGAUUUCCUUACUAUUGAGCAGGUGAUAUAAUUAGUGUCAGUGCAUCAGGACUUACUACAGGUAUUCAUUCUGUGGGAUAUUCUCAAAUCAUGACCGUAGGUGGGCCCCGAGGACUGGAGUUCAGGAACACUGGUUUACUGCAUAGAGCCUUGAUUGGAAAUUGUAGCAUUUUGUAGGAUUUAGUCAUUUCACUGUCCCACAACAUAUAAUCCAAUAUGGUCCUACAACGGUGUGACCAUACUAACACGGAUUGUCUAUAAUAUCGCACUUUUGCGGUAAAUAUUUCCUUAUACUGUACUCCAGGGAAAAAAUGUGACCAUUAUAGUUCACAGUUUAUAACAUGGCACUAUAAUUCAAUACACUAGUCCAUUUAUUUGGAGUUAAUUAAAGAGGAUGCCCCAUCAACACCUACAGAAUUGCGGACCGAAGUGACUGAAGUUCUGAACUCAUGCCCGCGCAGCCUGCAAGUAGCAGAACAAGUACAAGGGGGGUUGGGGAAUGAUCUGUGGAAUUGCCCAGACGGCUAGGAAUAGCCUAAUAAAAUAAAAAAAAUCCCACCAGCAUAAACAUUCGGGGCACUGGACAAAACAUCCGGGUCUCCAGCCCCGAAUGUUUUGACCUAACAACGCCCCUGGCUGGGAUGGUAUCUUGCACUAUGGUAUUGCUGACCCCACCUUUUUGUGUUUCCCUGUUAAUUUAAACCUGCCUACAAAAUGGGGCCACGUUUAGUUUUUUUUCCCAGGGCCACUUUAAGUUCCCAGUCGGCUUCUUUUAGCAGAUCUUACUCUGGCAGACCCGGUCCUUCUAUUACAUGUCCAUAAACAUUUAGCAGCUCUUGCUCUGGAAGAUCCAACUAUUUAAUUAAAUGGGCUACAAAUAUUUCUUUAAGAACUUACAUAAACAUUCCAAUAGUAGACUAUGAUGAAGAUGAUCUUUAAGAAACACCAAAGAUUCUCUGGAAUAUAGUUUUGUGCUCUAGUGUCUUUCUGCAUCUUAUAUCCCUCCAUAUGUGCAUCUACUAAAGCUCUCUUGUAUAUAAAGUAGAAGGAUACUGAUGACCUGAUUGAAUUGCUAAAUUAAAAUUUUACAGUUAUAUGUAAUGUAACAUAUAUAUUUUAUAGUGUUUGUAUGGUUCAUAGACAGCAUUGCUAUGUGUAUAAUGCACAGAUCUCCUGUGCUGCAUUAAGUGAUGGCAUGUUUACCGCAAUAAAAUAUUUUUCAAUCUAACGUA